CUUUCGCCCGAAAAAAACAUUGGAACUCCAAAUCUCCUUUCGAUUACGUCACACACUUCUCCGGGGCAGAACGGCAGGACUAAACGAAGACGCCUUGCUGCUUGUCAUACCAGUGGGUGACAAGCACGAUGCUCGCCAUGAAGGUAGCCUUGGCGGCAAGCUUCGUCGGCGUGGUGGUCGGACUCUGCCCCGCACCGAAGUCACUGCUGCGAACGCCGGAAAGAGGCGCCCUGCUGCUGCCCUCUAGGGACAAUGGUAUGCCCGCCGCAGCUGCACGAACAUCCAUCCGCAUGGCGUCAUCAUCUCCUGCUGACGGGGGCGGCGAUGAGCAGAGCACGGGGCCGUUCACGCGCAAGUCGCUCCUUGAGGGCGUGACGAAAGCUGCUGGAGUGCUCGGUGCGGGAACCUUCGUGCAGAAGGGCUUCGUCGCCGGCGUGCCGUAUCACGGCAGCCCGGAUCUGAGCGGCAAGACGGCGGUUAUCACGGGAGGAAACACGGGGCUGGGCAAGGAGACCGCGGUGCGGCUAGCGCAGCUCGGGGCCGACGUGACGAUCGCCUGCAGGAACCCGGACAAGGCCUUCGCGGCGCUGGAUGACAUCAAGGCUCAAGCCCCCGGGGCUAAGGUCGGGGCGAUGCCGUUGGACCUGGCAUCCCUCGACAGCGUUGGAUCCUUCGCCAAGCGGUACGCCUCCUCCUCCGACCGGCUGGACAUCCUGGUCAACAACGCGGGCGUGAUGGCCAUCCCCGAGCGCCAGGCGACUAAGGACGGCUUCGAGAUGCAGUUCGGAACCAACCACCUCGGGCACUUUCGACUCACGAGCCUGCUGAUGCCGGCUCUGCUCAAGAGCCCGGACGCGCGGGUGGUCAACGUCGCGAGCUCGGCGCACCUGUUCGCGUCCUCGGUGGAGUGGGACGACCUCAACGCCCAGGCCCCCGGCGCUUACGCGCCCUGGAAGGCCUACGGUCUCAGCAAGCUCAGCAACAUCUACUUCACCAAGGCCCUGCAGAGAAGAGUGGACAGCAAAGGAGGCUCCAUCACAGCGACGACUUUGCACCCGGGAGCUUGCCGAACGGAACUAGGCCGGUAUCUGUUCGACCCUUCCCAGCCGGCGAACCCUCUAGUCUACCCCGCUCUCGCCGCAUUGACGCUGGUCACCAAAUCUUCGAAGGAGGGUGCUCAGACACAGAUCGCGUGCGCAGCGGAUCCUGCCCUCGGCAAGGGGAGCUCCGCGGGGGGGACAUACUUUGUCGGGCCUAAGAUUUCCGAGUUGCCUUCGGAGUUGGCAAGAGAUCCCGAAGCGGCGGAGCGGAUGUGGGCAGCCAGCGAGAAGUUGGUUGGGAAGUUUUCUGUGUAAAAUGCUUACGAACACAAUCUCACAGAGACUACCCGCUCGGGACACUAUCGAAGGGACGUGUUGAAGUCAGUAAACAAAGUGUUGAGAAUAAAAUGUGUAGUGUUGCGUUGUUCUAGCGAGAGAUUCGUGUCGCUCGUGGAUUUGUUUAGACAUGGCUGCUGCUUGGGGGAGACAGGCUUAUGAGAAAUGGUGUGUGGUUGCCAAAGGGGCUUAUUCUGGUGCGGUUACCAAGGAAGAGGAGGUGGUGCUACAGCCAUGAAGAGGGUGCUUGGGUGUUGACUCAGAUAGCCGGAGGGAUGAUGACGUGGACCCUUUUGGGCAGCCGGCCUGUUUUUUUCGGAUGACAAAGAGCGCGCCGGUGGUGUGACUACAAGGAUAGGUUAGGUGUGUGUUUUAUCACCUGCGACAACGUCUUGCGUGAUGAAUGACCAAAGGCUCCCCGGUAGGCCGACGACCACACGCGUGUUCUGUGUGAAUAGAUUGCCGUUUGUCACUACUCCUCCUCCAGUGAAUUUUUUGUGUAGUGUCUCGAUAUGAUGGCGUCACGUAUGGAUAAUAGAAACGAAGGUGCUGCUUCGUACGUACACGAGAAUAUCUAGUCUAAUCGAUGCCGGGC